AAAGCUGGGCUUCUAAAAAUGCACUGAGGGUUAAGGCUUGUGUCAUUGGAUUAGGCUUUAGCACCUGCCUCAGCUCUCCUCAAUCUGAAACAAACACCCUUAGAAGGACACCGACAUAGCUCUGUUCAAUAGUGUGCUGUCUGGCCUGCUGUAACCGCUCUGCUUUGUUAGGAUGAAGAAUGCAAGGGAAAUACAGUUUUCAUCAUUUCUUCUGUUAGCGCAUUUCUGCUUUGUAGGAGCACAGAGUGACUAUGCACCCUAUUUCUAUGAUAAUGGGCCCAACAGUAACAACGGAAAUAUGGCACUCCUCAAUCUCUCAGAGGAUACACCAAGAGGAACACAGAUAUAUGUUCUUAAUGGAACUGACCCAGAAGGCCAGCCAGUAAAGUAUGGAAUUACCUUUGAACCCGGAUCCAAAGAGUUUUUUCGUGUUCAUCCCAAAUCUGGAGUAGUAACAUUAAUAGAGGACCUUGACAGAGAGGCACAAGAUGAGAUUGAAGUCUUUGUCAGCAUCUCUGAUAGCCUUAAUAAAGUAGUUGAAAAGGUUUCAGUUUUUAUCAUGGAUGCCAAUGAUGAGAGACCACAGUUUCAAAACAUGCCUUCCAUCGUAGAUGUGCCAGAGAACACAACGUCUGGAAGUAGCAUCUAUAAGGUGCAGGCAGUGGACAGGGACACCGGCUCAGGAGGAUCAGUCACUUACUUCCUUCAGAGCAGUGAGCAAAGCCCAAAGUUUGCCAUUGACCAUCAUAGCGGCGUGCUGCGGAUAAAACCUGGAGAAUCCCUCGAUUAUGAAAAAUCGCGGACGCAUUUCAUCACUGUGGUGGCAAAGGAUGGAGGAGGCAUUUACAAGGGCAAGCAACAAGUGAUGUCAUCAUCUGCUACUUUGACCAUAAAUGUGAUCGACACUCAAGAUUCUCCCCCGAUUUUUAUUGGAACUCCUUACUUUGGUUAUGUCUAUGAAGUCUCUUCGCCAGGAUCUGAGAUAUUUACAGUUUCUGCCAAAGAUGGAGACAUGGAUAAUCCAAAUACGAUCAUAUAUUCAUUGGACUCUGGAGCAGAUGGGUCCUUUUCCAUUAAUAAAACCAGUGGAGUCAUCACUCUGAAUUUGUACCCAGCAGACCUGAGGAGGGAAGUUUUUAAUAUUAAAGUCAAGGCAUUGGAAAUCAGUCCAGAAGGAAAGCGCUUGGACUUUGCCACCACCACUGUGACCAUUCGGGUAGUGGAUCUAAACAACCAUCCACCCACAUUCUAUGGAGAGAAUGGACCUCAAAAUGUGUUCGAAUUAACAAUGUAUGAACAUCCUCAAGAGGGAGAAUUUCUGAGGGGCUUGAAAAUCACAGUCAAUGAUUCCGACCAGGGAUCAAAUGCAAAAUUCAACCUCAGACUAGUGGGCCCGGGCCGCAUGUUAAGAGUGGUUCCUCAAACUGUUCUGAAUGAAGCCCAAGUCACUGUCCUAGUGGAGGAUUCUGCUGCAAUGGAUUUUGAGAAAUCACAGUUCCUGACUUUUAAGCUGCUGGCUGUAGAGAUCGACACACCAGAGAGAUUCAGUGCCACUGCAGACAUUAUCAUUCAUCUGCUGGACACCAAUGAUAACGCUCCCAAAUUCACCUCUGAUUUCUACAUCGCCCGGAUCCCAGAAAACUCACCCGGAGGAUCCAAUGUUGUGUCUGUGACUGCCAUGGAUCCCGAUUCUGGUAUAUGGGGUGUAGUCAAAUACUCCAUCUAUGGCUCUGGAGCCGACAUCUUUCUCAUUCAGGCUGAUUCUGGAAUCAUCUACACUCAGCCUUGGGCCAGUCUGGAUGCUGAGGUCAAAUCCAAGUAUAACUUCUACGUGAAAGCCGAAGACCCUGAAGGAAAAUACAGCCUCGCGGAAGUCUUUGUCACCAUUACUGACCUCAAUGACCAUCCACCAGCGUUUAAUGAAAACUCUUUGGAGCAGACCAUGGUGAUUGGUGCACCUGUCAAAAUAGAGGCGAUUGAUGAAGAUGCAGAGGAGCCCAACAAUCUCAUUGAAUACUCCAUAAUGAAAGCCGAUCCAGACAACAUAUUUGACAUUAAUGCAGACACGGGAGAAAUAAAGCUGAAGCCGUACAUCAAGUCAAUGGACAUUGUCCAGAAUAUCACCAAUCAGAGAGACUGUACCUGGUCUGUUGUUGUUCAGGCUAAAGACAGAGGUUCACCAUCCUUUAGCACAACCACAGUGGUAAAGAUUGACAUCACAGAAGCGAUCAAAUCCAGAAUGCUUUCAUACUUCUUAAGUCUGAGAACUCGGCCCUGGACUGUUUUCGGCAUUUGUUUGAGCAUUGUAGUCUUCGCCAUCUGUCUGACUGUUUUCAUAUCCACAUUCAUUUUCUGGAAAUCUGUGAAAAAGUCCCGGGUCCAGCCAAAGGGCAAGAUCAGAAAGAUUAUUAGGAGGCCCUGACCAUGAGAAAUUUUGACUCUGACACAAAUACUUAGUUUUUCUCUUUUUUCUCCUUUUUUUCGAUCCUACCAUCAUUUUAUUGUUUAAACGAAAGUAAAAAGUCUGUAAAAGAGUACACAAGCACACUUAUAAUACAUUUUUUUUUUCCAGAAAGAUUUUAAUCUGCACUUAUUUGGCUCAGAAUUAUCACCCAUUUCUCCAUUCAGUCAAAAUUAUAGUUGUUAAAAGAGUAGCUCACCCAAAAAUUUAAAUCCUAUUAUCAUUUACUCGCCUUUCAUUUGUCACAAACCUAUCUGAGUUUUCUGCAGGACACAAAACUAGUUAUUUUGGAACAUUUUUGGAAGCUGGUAACCAUUGACGCCCAUAGUAUUUAUGUUUCUUAUACUAUGAAAGUCAGUCAUUACCAGUUUCUGACAUUCUUCAAAAUAUCUUUUUUUUGUGUUCAGUUAAACAAAGAAACUCAUAAGGGUUUGGGACACAUGGAAGGUGAGUAAAUAGUACAUUUUAAUUUUUAGGUCAGCUAUCUCCUUAAUAGUAGAGAUUGACAAUGAGGCUGCAUGGUCUCAAUUCUGGGUGCCCCAUUCAACCCUUCUGAUCUUGUCUUACUGUGCAACCAGACUCUUUUGUAAAUUAUCUUUAAAUUGAACAUCAAAUCAAUUGUAAUCAAUCAAUUCUCUGCUGUUGAGAUGCCAUGCAGUCACACUGUAUUUAUUAUCUUGAGCGGCUCUAUUAGACAUUUCUGAUCUAUGUAGUAGUGAUGGGCACUUGUAAAGCACUGCUAAGCUUUUAACCUAACUUAAAAGCAAAUAAUAGUUUCUGCUAGUGAUUCAGAUCAAGCACUGAAACAUUUCAGAACAUUUCAAAAUGUUUUUGCUUUGCCACAAGGGGGCAAUUAUUUCUGUGAAUCAAUGAACUAGGAUCUGCUCUCAGACCAAUUAUAUAAUUUUGUAGACAGGUUUAGAACACAUAUCUGUAAUUAGAGUUUCUAUAAUGAGAAGAAAACAUGUCUGCAAUAAUAAUAUUAGUUAAUAUUCACUUUUUAACUUGAUUAACCAAGUAUAACCCUACUGGUACAUUUGCUCUGUAAAUAGGAUUUAAAUGAAUGUUUCUCACAUGGGAGGCAGGAACACUAACUCUCACUGUGUCGUCGCUCUCAACAGGGAUUAACAUAGCUCUUACUAGCUUCUGUUACAUUUCCUCAAACAGUCACAGCACAAAUGUAACCCCUCCCUUUCAACACACCCCACUGAGAGUGGGAUUUAAACAUUUUCAGCAUGGUAGAUGCAAUGUUUAACUCACGCAAUGUUUAACCAAAUGGCAGAUAUGUCCAUCCAUGUUGUUGACUAAUGUGCUUUGUGAGGCUAGCGGAGUGAGGUUUACUCACACAGCUUUUACUAGCUGCCCUCAGGUACACUCAUCCCACUAAACCUCAGUCUUAUGCCUGUAAUGUCACCAUUGUAACUCCUCCAGUUAUACUCACCCCACUCUAAAUGGGAUUUGAACCAACAUGGGAGGAAGGAUUACAUACAAGGACACUAAAGAGAGUGUCAGUCACUUGUGUGCCUUAUGAGGCCAAGGGGAUGAGGUUUACUCGCACAAACUCUUAUUAGGUGGCCUCAGUUACACUCAUCCCACUAAACCUCACUCACAUUUUGGUCACAACACUACUAUAACCUCUCUAGUUCUACUCUCCCCACUCCAAGUGAGAUUUGAACUGGUGUUUCCAACAUGGGAGGCAGGCGGUCUUACAAGAAAUCUAAAGACAAUGACUAAUCAGCAGGGCCAGACAGAAUCUGCUGACAUUUUUUGCUAUUUCUGCAGAGAAUUUUGCAAAAAAUCUGAAAAUUUAU